GUUCAAGAGGGAGAAAAGAAAAGUUUUGAGGGGAAAAGAAGAAAAACACAUUUCUACAGUUCAACGUUCUUCCUUCUUUUCGCAGGUUCCAAACACAGCUUUAGUUUAGCUAACAAGUAACAAUUCUAGCUGCUGUUUGUUGAACUGAAGGACUGUGACUAGAAAUCUCUCUCUGCAUCGAUCAAUGGCGUCUUCCCCUUUUCUGGGGAUCGCAGCUUCGGUCGCUGUCCUUCUCGCCUCUUUCUUCCUCCUCAGAUUCAGAUUCGGAUUCUUCACUCUCUAUCCACCGCCACCAACUACACCGCGAUUGUUCACUGCACAAGAAUUGGCAUUCUACAACGGCACUGACGAUCGGUUGCCCGUCCUCUUAGCUAUUCUUGGCUCUGUCUUUGAUGUAACGAAGGGAAAAAGUCAUUAUGGGGCAGGAGGGGGUUACAAUCAUUUUGCUGGAAGAGAUGCAUCUCGGGCAUUUGUUUCAGGAAAUUUUACAGGAGAUGGGCUCACUGACUCAUUGCAUGGUUUGUCCAGCACUGAGGUGAAAAGUGUUGUUGACUGGCGUGAUUUCUACUUCAAAACAUACAUAUAUGUUGGCAAGCUAGUGGGUCGUUACUAUGAUAGCCAGGGGAAUCCCACAAAAAAUCUGAAAGGCGCUGAAGCAAAGGCUGCUAGAGGUGCCCAGCUAAUGGAGAAGCAGAAGAAAGAAGAAGCAAAACUACCUAGCUGCAAUUCAAGGUGGAGUCAGGAUGAGGGAUCAGAGGUCUGGUGUGACACUGGCUAUCCGCGGCUAGUUCAAAGACCACUAGAAAUGGCCAUUAGUGGGAAAUUGAGCAAGCGCUGUGCUUGCUUCAGCGAAGAGCAACUAGGCCAGCCAGGACUGGAAGUCUACCAAGGAUGCGAUUACCUUGCCAAAGUUUGUCGACUAUAGGCUGCAUUAAAGUGUUUUCCUUAGAAGAAGGGUGAUAAGAGACAAGUUAUACGAGCAGUGGAAUUUGGAGUAGAAGAAAACAAGCCAGGAAGAGAGAGCUUAUUUAUGGCUUGAAAUGUUGUCUGUUUGCUCACGAUAACCACAAGUUCUGUUAAAUAUCUUUUUGGUAUGUUUUUGAUAGUUUUAGAUGAUAUCAUUCAAUA